AUGGCGCUCCCAUUCCUGCAGGCGAACAUCAAGCUCGACUACCCGCUCUAUGCAGUCAGCUUUGAUCCUCAGGAUGCCAAUCGCAUAGUUGUCGGCGGCGGCGGCGGCGUUGGCCGUUCUGGCGUGGGCAACAAGAUUUCCGUUGUUGAAACCGUCGAUCAGGGCGAACUUCGAGUGGCUGGAGACAUCGACCUCUCUCGCGAUGAGGACAGCGUCAUGUCGCUCGGCGUCGUUGGCGCCGUCGGCGACAAGCCCUCGUACGUUUUCGCGGGCAUCAACUCGGCGCCCAAAGAAAUCACCAAGGGAAAGAACUUCCACCUUCGAACCUUUUCCAUCGAGCAGACCAAGUCGCGAGCUGCCGGUGCUAAGAACCCCGAUGUACAGGUCGCAGAGGUGUCUCGAAGCUCCUACUUCACCGACCGGGAUGCCGAAACCUACCAGCGCGUGUUGCGCGUGUCUGGGUCGGUUGGCGCCGCCGCCACAGGCAUGGGAAAGGAGCCCCAGCUCGCCAUAUUCGAUGCCACGGGACCCAAGCCCAAGGUCAAGGGCGUGUUGGACUUGACCAAGGACGCGGAGGACGUGGAUGUCAUUCAGGACGAAAAGAAUGAAGAGCACCUGGUUGUCUACUGCCACAAGUACGAACUAUACUUGGUCAAGGUCGGCAAGAAAAACUCGGAGCCGCAACUCAUCUUCACCAUGACGGACGAUCAUGGCGAGCUGCCUGCAUUCCGCUCCGUUCGAUUCGUGACACCCAACUUCAUCCUCGCUGCGUCCAACCUACCAAAAUCGAGCGGCGUUCUCCUCCAGGGAUUCCGACUGCCAAGCCCAGGCCAUGAGAUGGCACGGAUAUCUGUGGUUGUACGUAUCCCGAAGAGAAUCUCCGCCACUGCCCUUGCAGUCGCAAACGUAUCGCCGCCCGCGUCUUCGUCGACACCUGCUGGCACUACGCAGUUCAUCAUUGCGGUAGCCGGCAACGACGCCUCCAUAUCUUUCUACACCAUGGAUCACAAAGCUCUUGCCUCGAUUGAACUUCUUGCCAACCUGCACCCGCUGUACACAUUGAAGGACGUUCACAAAGGUGAUAAUAUCACUGGCCUAGCGUUUUCCAACUUUAUCCCUCCAAAGCAGCACCUCACGCAGCAAUUCAUCAAAUUAGCCAGCAUAUCUCUCCAGCGCGGCGUCGCCGUCCACAGCAUCGCUCUGAAGAGGCACGUCGAUGCGUCCUCUGCGAAGACGUCCGGUGAUGCACCAGUCCGAUAUGUCACAGCCAUGCGUGCCAAGGCACCCUCCAGGCGACCUGUCAUCAUCACCCUCACCAUCAUGGUUCUCAUCAUGGCCAUCAUCGGGCAGGGUGUCAUGGAGAUCUACGGCGUGGGCAAGCCCAUACUCAAUCCGCAAAGGUUCUUUAACCCUUGGCAUGGCACUUUGCGCGAUCCGGCUCACCCACCGGCUGCGUUUACCAAGGACUAUCUCGUCUCUCGACUAGUUGGUAGCGACAUUAAUACCGCAGAGACGCUCGUCAUGUGGGAGGCUGACCAUCCCGCUGUGGACCAUGAUGGCAAGAAGAUCAAUCUGGACGUCCAUGAUGAAGAGGUCCACGGCCCCGCCAAGACGUGGGAUGAGCUUCCUGCAGCGCAAAAGGAUGCUUGGAAGCAGAGAAUGCAGCAGGCUGGCGCGUGGACGCAGAAUAUGGGAGAGAGCGUGUUUAGGGGCAUCCUGUUUGGCGAGCUGGCAGGCGCUGUUGGCCAUGCCGUGGCGGAAGGACUGGCUUAA